AUGUCUGAGCAGGUUGCCAAAAAGUCGCCGACAGACUUCCUCAAUAGCAUCCUAGGGCGCCGGGUGUUUGUGCGGCUGAACUCUGGCAUCGACUACAAGGGGGUGCUUGCAUGCCUGGACGGGUACAUGAACAUUGCGCUGGAGCAGACAGAGGAAUACGUGGACGGGGAACUGCGGAACCGGUAUGGCGACACAUUCAUCCGCGGAAACAACGUUCUGUACAUCUGCGGGAUAUAG